AAGAUUCAAGAUACAACAUUUCAUUUUUAUUUUUCGAACAUAUAUACGAGGUGGACAACUAUAGUAAAUUUCUUCUACUUCCCAUAAUCCCUGUUGGUGUUCCUCCUUCCAUAGCUAUAAUUAAAAAGGUCAAAGGCAAGCCCAUAUCUUUGUUUCACGUUGCUAGAUCAAAGCUUGAGCUCUACUUACAUUCCAACAUGAAUCCUCAAGGUCGAGUGAAGGAAGAGUUUCUUGGAGAAAGUUCUUCCUUUUAUGGUGGCUAUGAUCCGCCCCCGAUAAUGAUUGUUCCUCAACCGGUUAAGGGGCUUCAUGAAACUGGUCCUCCGCCAUUCCUAACAAAAACGUACGACAUUGUUGAUGACCCUUCCACUGACCAUAUAAUUUCCUGGAGCAAGGGGAAUAAUAGCUUCAUUGUGUGGGAUCCACAGGCCUUUUCCGUGACCCUUUUGCCCAGAUUCUUCAAGCACAACAAUUUCUCCAGUUUUGUCCGGCAACUCAACACCUAUGGGUUUAAAAAGGUUGAUCCAGAUAAGUGGGAGUUUGCUAAUGAGAUGUUUCUCAGAGGGCAAAGGAUUCUUCUGAAGAGCAUUAGAAGGCGGAAAACAAAUCACCAAUCUCAUGCGAUGCAGCAAGCGGUGGAUCCUUGUGUUGAGGUGGGGCUGUUUGGAUUAGAUGGAGAAGUCGAUAGGUUGAAGCGUGACAGGCAAGUUCUUAUGGCGGAGUUGGUGAAACUCAGACAACAGCAACAGAAUACUAGAGUUCACAUUCAAGCAAUGGAAGGAAGGCUUAAAAGGACUGAGCAGAAACAGCAGCAGACGAUGAAUUUCUUAGCCAGGGCAAUGCAGAAUCCCAACUUCGUGCAACAAUUGGUUCAGCAAAAGGAGCUUAGAAAGGAGCUCAAGGAAGCUUUUUCUAAGAAGAGGAGGUGUCUUGAUCAAGGGCCUAGUAAUGUUGUUGAAGUAGGAGAGUUGGCUUGCGGUGAAGAGUACUCAAGUUUGGUUAAACUUGAAGCACAAGUGUUGGAUUUUGAGGUACCAGAUAUUGACCUUGGUUUGAAUCUGGGGGAGCAAAUUGGAAGCCAGAAGAGAAUGGAGGGAGAUUAUGUUCAAGUUGAAAGUAUGGAUAAAGAUAUUGAUGAAGUGUUUUGGCAAGAUUUGCUGAAUGAGGGCAUUGAAGAACAAGGUGUAAUGGGUGUAGAUGUAUUGGCUCAGCAACUUGGUUAUUUGGCCUCAAGUUCCAAAUAGGAGAUUGUAAAGGGUUGCUGCAUUUCCAUUGCUUCAUUGAAUGCCAAGAUCUCCUUAGUUAAUUACUUUUAGAUACAUACACUUCUCUAACCAGUUAUUGUAUUGA